AUGUCUGCCCCUCACAUUCUGGGGGCUCUGCUGCUGCUUCUGACUAUAUCUGUUACCAACUGCAACAAAGUAAAUCGAUGUGUGGCUUCCAGAGCAAAGACCUGUACAGAAUGUAUUCGUGUGAACAAGGAGUGCUCCUAUUGUACAGAUGAAAAUUUCCAAAGUGUUCGCUGUGACCUGCAGAGUAAUCUCAUCCAGUAUGGAUGCAGUAGAGCAGGAAUCGUUUACAUGGAGAGUGAAGUCCGGACUCUUAUGAAAGAACAGAUUAAUACGGGAUUAGUUAGAACACAAGUCUAUCCUCAACGAAUGUCUAUGCGACUGCGUGCUGGAGAGGAACACAGCUUUGAAUACCGUGUCUUUGAGCCUAUGGAUACUCCGGUGGACCUUUAUAUCUUG